AUGGCACCAGCCAAGAAGGGGAAGGCCAAGGCCAAGGCCAACCCGGCCGAGUCAACUCAGCCCUCGUCAUCACCAUCCACGCCUGGUUCCAAAAUCGCCUCCAUCACUGAUUUCAGUGAUGAGGCGUUGGGGGUGCAAAUAGACGCGCCUGCAAAGGACGGGGAAGCUAAUGCAGCGCUACUUGACUACAUCAGCUCGGUUGGUCCUAUGAUGUGUGAUGUGGCCAAGAAUAGCCACAGUGCAGAGUGUGAAGGGUGGAUUUCUUCUUUCUCCCCCAAGCAUAAAAUUUACUCAAGACAGGUUUCUAUUGGUUCCGGCUCCAAAUCAAGAGACAAGGUUGUUAUUGUGGAGGAGAUGACUCUACAAAGUGUUUUUGACAUCCUGGACAAAGCUUCGAAGUCCACCUAA